CUCACACUUUUGCUCGCCUGGCAGUCAGUUCCUCUGCUUGCUUUUGCAGCCUUUUAAGGUCUCCUGGCGCAGAAAUGACUGCCCCCCACCCCCUUCCUCGGUCUCCCCUUUCAGUUCAGAUGUGCUGAUGUGCAGACCGGAUUCAUCUUCCCAGAGCGGCGGCGGCGGCGGGCGCUGGAGGCGGUGGCGGUUCGUGCUUGGACUCCCGGUCCUGGCAGCGGCGAGGGCGCGGCGCGGGAGCUGGAGCUCCGGCGGCCGCUGAACCCGCUGGGCGCCGCUUGCUGACCACGGUCUCGGGAAGUUCGGCCGCCAGAAGGACUCCUCCGCAGGCUGAGAGCUCCCGCGCCGCAAGAGCCGAGUUUGCCCGCAGCCGCCCCUCCCCGUCCCCGGGAGUAGAGCUCCUCACCUGCCCUCCUCCUACCCGCGGGCCCCUGGCCAACUUCUCCCUUCAGCUGGGGGUAACGGGCAGUUCUUGCCCUCUCUUCUGUCCCGACGGCAUCUGCAUGUCCCUGGACACCUGAAAACCCUGGUCCUGUCUGGGAACCUCCGGUGGGAGAGGAGGGCCAGUUGCCUUCGCUCCGCACAUCAACGCGGAUCGCAGACUCCUCACUUCUGGGUCUAGUCCCCUCCUUUUCAUCCGGGGGCGGAGGAUGGGGUUGGAGACGCUUUCCCCCGGGAUGCUCGCAUGGCUGGUGGCCUCGGGGAUUGUUUUCUACGGGGAACUGUGGGUCUGCGCUGGCCUCGAUUAUGAUUACACUUUUGAUGGGAAUGAAGAGGAUAAAGCGGAGACAAUAGAUUACAAGGACCCGUGUAAAGCCGCUGUGUUUUGGGGCGAUAUUGCCUUAGAUGAUGAAGAAUUAAGUAUCUUUCAAAUUGACAGGACAAUUGACCUCACACAGAAUCCCUUUGGAAAACUUGGGCAUACCUCAGGUGGACUUGGUGACCAUGGUAUGUCAAAGAAACGAGGGGCCCUCUACCAACUUAUAGACAGGAUAAGAAGAAUUGGCUCUGGCUUGGAGCAAAACAACACAGUUAAGGGAAAAGUACCUCUAAAAUUCUCAGGACAAAAUGAGAAAAAUCGAGUUCCCAGAGCUGCUACAUCAAGAACUGAAAGAAUAUGGCCUGGAGGCGUUAUUCCUUAUGUUAUUGGAGGCAACUUCACUGGCAGCCAGCGAGCCAUGUUCAAGCAGGCCAUGAGGCACUGGGAAAAGCACACGUGUGUGACUUUCAUUGAAAGAAGUGAUGAAGAGAGUUACAUUGUAUUCACAUAUAGGCCUUGUGGAUGCUGUUCUUAUGUAGGUCGGCGGGGAAAUGGACCUCAGGCAAUCUCUAUCGGCAAGAACUGUGAUAAAUUUGGAAUUGUUGUUCAUGAAUUGGGCCAUGUGAUAGGCUUUUGGCAUGAACACACACGACCAGAUCGAGAUAACCACGUAACCAUCAUAAGAGAAAACAUCCAGCCAGGUCAAGAAUACAAUUUUCUGAAAAUGGAACCUGGAGAAGUAAACUCACUUGGAGAAAGAUAUGAUUUUGACAGUAUCAUGCACUAUGCCAGGAACACCUUCUCAAGGGGGAUGUUUCUGGAUACCAUUCUUCCCUCCCGUGAUGACAAUGGCAUACGUCCAGCAAUUGGUCAACGAACCCGCCUAAGCAGAGGAGACAUUGCACAGGCAAGAAAGCUGUAUAGAUGUCCAGCAUGUGGAGAAACGCUACAAGAAUCCAAUGGCAACCUUUCUUCCCCAGGAUUUCCAAAUGGCUACCCUUCUUAUACACACUGCAUCUGGAGAAUCUCUGUUACCCCAGGGGAGAAGAUUGUUUUAAAUUUUACCACAAUGGACCUAUACAAGAGUAGCUUGUGCUGGUAUGACUACAUUGAAGUAAGAGAUGGGUACUGGAGAAAAUCACCUCUCCUUGGUAGAUUUUGUGGGGACAAAUUUCCUGAAGUCCUUACCUCUACAGACAGCAGAAUGUGGAUUGAGUUUCGUAGCAGCAGUAAUUGGGUAGGAAAAGGUUUUGCAGCUGUCUAUGAAGCAAUCUGUGGAGGUGAGAUACGCAAAAACGAAGGACAGAUCCAGUCUCCUAAUUAUCCUGAUGACUAUAGACCCAUGAAAGAAUGUGUGUGGAAAAUAACAGUGUCUGAGGACUAUUUUGUUGGGUUGACCUUUCAGGCCUUUGAGAUUGAGAGACACGACAGCUGUGCCUACGACUACCUGGAAGUCCGAGAUGGAACCAGUGAAAAUAGCCCUUUGAUAGGGCGUUUCUGUGGUUAUGAUAAACCUGAAGAUAUAAGAUCUACCUCCAAUACCCUGUGGAUGAAGUUUGUUUCUGAUGGAACUGUUAACAAGGCAGGAUUUGCUGCUACUUUUUUUAAAGAGGAAGACGAGUGUGCCAAACCUGAUCAUGGAGGCUGUGAGCAGCGUUGUCUAAACACCCUGGGUAGUUAUCAGUGUGCCUGUGAGCCUGGCUAUGAACUGGGACCUGACAAAAGGAGCUGUGAAGCGGCUUGUGGAGGACUUCUUACCAAACUUAAUGGCACCAUAACCACCCCAGGCUGGCCUAAGGAGUACCCUCCUAAUAAAAACUGUGUGUGGCAAGUGGUUGCACCAACCCAGUAUAGAAUAUCUAUGAAAUUUGAGUUUUUUGAAUUGGAAGGCAAUGAAGUUUGCAAAUAUGAUUAUGUAGAGAUCUGGAGUGGCCUUUCCUCUGAAUCUAAAUUGCAUGGCAAAUUCUGUGGUGCUGAAGUACCUGAAGUGAUCACAUCUCAGUUCAAUAACAUGAGAAUUGAAUUCAAAUCUGACAAUACUGUAUCCAAGAAGGGCUUCAAAGCACAUUUCUUCUCAGACAAAGACGAAUGCUCUAAGGACAAUGGCGGGUGUCAACAUGAAUGUGUCAACACAAUGGGCAGCUACAUGUGUCAGUGCCGUAAUGGAUUUGUACUGCAUGAAAAUAAACAUGACUGCAAGGAAGCUGAGUGUGAACAGAAGAUCCACAGUCCUACUGGUGUAAUCACCAGUCCCAACUGGCCGGACAAGUACCCAAGCAGGAAGGAAUGCAUGUGGGAAAUCAGUGCCACUCCUGGCCACCGAAUCAAAUUAACCUUUAGUGAUUUUGAGAUUGAGCAGCAUCAAGAAUGUGCAUAUGAUCAUUUGGAAGUAUUUGACGGAGAAACGGAAAAAUCACCAAUUCUUGGACGACUAUGUGGGAACAAGAUACCAGAGCCCCUUGUAGCUACUGGAAAUAAAAUGUUUGUUCGCUUUGUUUCUGAUGCAUCAGUACAAAGAAAAGGCUUUCAAGCCACACAUUCGACAGAAUGUGGUGGCCGAUUGAAAGCUGAAUCAAAACCCCAAGAUCUGUACUCACAUGCUCAAUUUGGUGAUAACAAUUAUCCAGGACAGGUGGACUGUGAAUGGCUACUAGUGUCAGAACGAGGCUCUCGACUCGAAUUGUCCUUCCAGACCUUUGAAGUGGAAGAAGAAGCUGACUGUGGUUAUGACUAUGUGGAGCUCUUUGACGGUCUCGACUCAACAGCUGUGGGACUUGGUCGAUUCUGUGGAUCAGGGCCACCAGAAGAGAUAUAUUCAAUUGGUGAUGCAGUUUUAAUUCAUUUUCAUACUGAUGAUACAAUCAACAAAAAAGGAUUUCAUGUAAGAUACAAAAGCAUAAUAUAUCCAGAUACGAUUCAUACCAAAAAAUAACAGCAAAACCUUCAUUGGAACAUACAAGAAUGCACAUAAUGGAGAGAAGAUGUAUUUUUUUAAACUGAAGAUAUUAGCACAAAUGUUUUAUAUAAUGAGAUUGAACACAAGAAAACUGCAAAAUUAGAAUUAUCUAUGAACUAAAAGAGACUUUCUGCAUAACCCAGAUCAGCAUUACAAGGAUAUUUGAACUCCUUUCUUAAUGGGAUUAAUAAAUACAACAAAAGGACAUCACAUACUUCAAUGAAGACUCUAAAAGCUUUUGUGCGCAGCUUGAUGUAGAGGCCUCACAAUUCAGACAUAUCUUCAGGGGCUGUGACCCUGCGGAGUGUACUUUUUGACAAUUUUCCAAAAUUUUGGGAAAUAAAAUGAUCUUGUAGGUCACAAACUGGAAAACUCCCUUCUCAUAUCUUAAUAUCAUUGCUUUGACACUGUAUCUAAGAUACAAUGCAAAACGGCUCCAUAUGAGGUGAUGUGAAAUGGAAGUCUUUUGAGGUGGUUUGUACUUUAAAUAUGUGGUGUGUGUUUGAUGUUUGGAAACUGGAAUGAUUCAGCUUCAUUAUUUUCACUUGCAGGCUAGCUUACCCUCUUUGAAACACAAACAAUCUCAAAGCCACUUCAUUUACUGACACUUUGACAAUUUUGAAAUGUCAAUAGUAUCUAUUAUUGCAGUUAAACUCCAGACAUCAUUUACUUACGUAUCUUGAAAUGCCCAGUUGAUUGGUAAACUUAAUUCUUUCUGUGGAAGUGCUGCCUUCUCACACAGAAUCCAAGGAAUCUUGUGAUGUCUUAUGAAAUUUAUGAGGAAACUUUCAAGAGUUGUGUGUAGGAUUCUUCUUCUAAAUGACUGCCUGGAUAGUUCAUACUCAAAUUACCACAGCUGCUAUUGUCUUUCUUUUGCCAAUUUUGUGCAUCUGUUGUUGUUGUAGUUAUUAUUGUUGAUGUUGUCAUUGUUAAUGUAAUAUUUAAAAAAAAAAAAAAAAAAGCAGAAGUGGAACUUGUCAGAACUGAAAUAACUUUUUUUUGUCUUCCUGGAAUUCAGUUUUAAAAAAUGUAAUGCUGGAAAAAGAAUUUGGUUCUGAAUGACUUUCUAUGGUGCUAUUCCAUAAACAUUUUUUUUUUUUAAGUAAUGUUUUUGACCUUUGAGCCAAC